AUGUCUUCCUCACUUUGGACCGCUACUCCCCCAGCCAGCCGAACACCCUACGCAAUCCCGCAACUCGAAGGCGAACGGCUCACAAUUCCCGGCAGCAAAGGCACAUUCCGGAUCCUCGCAUCAUCAAAACAGACCAAUGGCUUAAUGGCCGUAUUCCAGAGCGGCGCGACGCUCUCCGACGCACCAGGCUUCCACUACCACAAUCACGCGCACGACGUAUUUCUCGUCACGAAGGGCUAUCUGAAGCUAUGGAACGGGGAUAAGUGCCGCAUAAUGGGGCCAGGCGAUUUCGCUUAUGUGCCGCCGGGCGUCGUUCAUAAUCCCGAACUCCUGGGCCCGCACACCGAGACCUUCGGCGUCGUGACACCAGGCGACUGGAUCGAUUUCUUCCGGUACAUCUCCGAGCCGUACUCCGGUAUCCUUGUUCCCGAAGCCGACGACCGCGAUUUGAAGGCGCUUUUAAUCCCCAAGGUCAUGGCGGCAAAGGGGCAAUUCGACGUUGUCUUCCAGCCGAAUUAUGUUCCGCCCGAGGUGGGCGAGUGGGACGCGGACGAUGAGAAAUUGCCGGACGCCCAGGAGCCCGUGCCAUUCUACCUAAAGGCGAACACGGGGCCGCGGUGGAUGCUCGGUGGCGUGAUGAGCAGGCCUUUUAUCACGAUGAAGCAGUGUGGGGUGUGUGCGAUUUCGAGCAUCGAGUCUUCGAAUGUUUAUGGUGCGGCGUCGUCGGUGUUAUCGCGGUCUAUGACAUUUGAGAAGGUGGAUCAUUGUUUGGCUGUCAUGGAGGGGACGUUGGUGGUGAAGCUGAAGGGCCAGAGCGAGGAGGUUUUCCGCGAGGGUGAGACGGUGGUUAUCCCUGCAGGGCAGGCGUUCGCGCUGGAGUUCCGGAGCAAGUAUGUGCGAAUCUGGUCGUUUACGGACGGGGACGGGAUCGAGUCGUUGAUUCAGAGUGCUGGACAGGCGUUUAGCGGGGUGGUCUUGCCCGAGACGGUGGAGGGGCUGGAAGUGGACGAGGCGAAGGUGAAGGAGGUCGCGGGGGAGCUGAGCCUGACUCUGCAGUAG